AUGUUAUCAUCAUCUGUUACGACAUAUGUGGCCUCAAGACUGAAGGUGAUCACUACUUCAGUGGCAUUAUCAGCCUCAAGCACGACGACAAUGCCACUACUUCACAGGUCAUUCACUUCAUCAGCGGCGAUCACUUCGACACAUCACUCACAACAACAUCCACAACAAUAUAGACAACAACAACGACAUUCAAAGCAAUGCAACUGUAUAGCCUGUCACUCAACCAACACAUCAUCAUCAUCAUUCAUCACAACUACAUCAUCACUAAACACAUAUAAUACAUCAACAAACUCAAUACGACAUUACAGCAGCAGCAGCGGCAGCGAUAAGAAGAAACCACAACAACAACAACAACAGAAAGAUUAUGAUUAUGAAAGUGUAGAGAAUGAUCCAUUCGAGGAGGAACACGUCGAUAGGGAGGAGUUGGACAGGAUGUACCAGGAGGCCGACAAGAACUUCGACCUGAGACCAUGGUCGUCGGACCCCAACAUCCGUGACACACAGGCACUCGAGCACAUUAGAGCAAAGAACAAGCUGCUCUUCCCCAGGGACUACGAGCAGCAGAUUGACCGCGAGCUCAACCCGAGAAUCAAGGACCUGUCGAGCGACGACAAGCAGUUGGGCCAGUACCAGGUGCGCGGCCCCGUGCCCCUGCCCGAGGACGACGAGCUCUUUGAGCACCAGCGUCUAAAGAACGACUGGACCGAGCAGGACAUCAACGAUCAGCUCGAGAACCAAGACGAGGACGAGAUCGAGCCGGACGAGGAGGAGGACUAUGAGGGCAUGGAGUCCGAGGGCUUCGACCCGUUCCUGCCCGCGCGUCCCAAGGAGCGUGUCGAGAACCUGUACAACGGCGUCGCUCACGGACACUCCAAGCGUAAGGACGCCAACGCCGUGGCCCUCGUCCGUCUGGGCACCGGCGAGCUCACCAUCAACGGCAAGACUCUCACCGAGUACUUUGGCAACUGCAUCACCUACAAGGACACUGUGCUCCGUCCGCUGGUCAUCACCGAGACUAUCGUCAAGUGGGACGUGGAGAUCCGUGUGUCGGGCGGUGGCAUCAAGGGACAGGCCGAGGCCAUCUCGCGUGCCCUUGCACUGGCCAUCUCAAACUACGAUCUGGGCUACCGCAUGGCGUUGCGAUUCUCUGGUCUGCUCAAGCACGACAUUCGUCGCGUCGAGAGAAAGAAGCCAGGUCAGUUGAAGGCCAGAAAGAAGUUCCCAUUGGUCAAGCGUUAA